GUUCUCUCUUACCCUCGCUAUCAUGGCCUCCGCCGGCCUCGUCGGCGCCGUGUCCGAGUCCAGCUGCGCUCGCAUGUGUAUCGACAACAUGAACAAGAAGGCCGAGGACUUGGGCUGCAAGUCGGGUGACCAGCGCUGCCUGUGCGACGCCGAGAACUACUCUUUCGGUGUCCGUGACUGCACUGCUCAGGCCUGCCCUGAGGACGACUCGGCCAAGGUUGUCCAGAUCGCUCUCUCCACCUGCCCGUCUGACACUACUUCCGGUCAGAAGGCCAACGGUGGCUCCGACUCCGACUCCGACUCCAGCUCCAGCUCCAGCGCUGGCUCCGGCUCCGGCUCCGGCUCUGCCACCGCCUCUGGCUCCGACAGCGACUCGACUGGUACCGCUACUGACGGCGGUGCUGGUGCUGGUGCUGCUUCCACUGGCGCCUCUGGCGACUCGUCCAAGACCGCCUCUGGCAACGAUGCCUCUGCCACCGGUUCCGACUCUGCUUCUGCCUCUGCUACCGGCUCUGCUGCCAGCAACUCUGCUUCUGCUACCUCCUCCGGUGCUGAGUCGUCUUCUGCUUCCGGCUCCAACGCUUCUUCUACCCUGAGCACUGCCACCAGCACUGGUGCCGGUGCCUCUUCCUCUGAGACCGGCUCUUCCGACUCGGACUCCAACUCUGACUCUGACUCCGGCUCUGACUCUGACUCCGGCUCUGGCUCCGGCUCCGGCUCUGACUCUGACGCCGCAUCUUCCAGCUCGUCCGCUGACGGUGCUGAGAACACCGAGAACGCUGCUCCCCGCAUGGUCCUCGGCUCCGGCGCCAUGGGUGUUGCCGGUCUCGCCGCCCUCUUCGCUCUCUAAGCGAAUUGCGGUUAGCAACACUCACCAAACCGAUCUUUGCGUUUGGUAAAAACUUUUCUUAAUGUUCCAAUAUUCACGGGUUACGAUGUCUGUACGUCGCUGGGUGUGAAUUGUACAUUUACUUGACCGUCUGGAUA